AUGGCCGGGGAAGCGAGGCGCGGGCCGGGACCCCGAGGGGCCGCCGUCCCGGAGGCGGUGAUGCUGCUGCUGUGCCUGGGGGUCCCGAUCGUGCGCUCCUACAACGUGGACACCGAGAACCCGCUGCUCUACCAGGGGCCCCCGGACACCCUCUUCGGCUACUCGGUGGUGCUGCACAGCCACGGGGCGCACCGCUGGCUCCUAGUGGGCGCGCCCAGGGCCAACUGGCUGGCCAAUGCUUCCGUGGUCCAUCCCGGGGCGAUUUACAGAUGCAGGAUUGGAAAGAAUCCGGGCCAGACCUGCGAGCAGCUCCAGUUGGGUAGCCCUCAUGGAGAACCUUGUGGAAAGACUUGUGUGGAAGAAAGAGACAAUCAGUGGUUGGGAGUCACACUUUCCAGGCAGCCAGGAGCAAAUGGAUCCAUAGUGACAUGUGGGCAUAGAUGGAAAAAUAUUUUUUACAUUAAAACUGAAAAUAAGCUCCCUACUGGUGUUUGCUAUGGAAUACCUUCUGAUUUACGAGCAGAACUGAGUAAAAGAAUAGCUCCAUGUUAUCAAGAUCAUGCAAAAAAGUUUGGAGAAAAUUAUGCAUCAUGUCAAGCUGGAAUAUCUAGUUUUUACACAACGGAUUCAAUUAUAAUGGGAGCUCCAGGAUCAGCUUAUUGGACUGGAUCUCUUUUUGUCUACAAUAUAAUUACAAAUAAAUUCAAGGCAUUUUUAGACAGAGAAAACCAAGUAAAAUUUGGAAGCUACCUAGGGUACUCAGUUGGAGCUGGUCACUUUCGAAGUCAGCACACAACUGAAGUAGUUGGGGGAGCCCCCCAACAUGAACAGAUUGGCAAAGCAUACAUAUUCAGCAUUGGUACAAAAGAACUAAAUAUCAUACAUGAAAUGAAAGGUAAAAAGCUUGGCUCUUACUUUGGAGCUGCUGUCUGUGCCGUGGACCUCAAUGCCGAUGGCUUUUCAGACCUACUCGUGGGAGCUCCCAUGCAGAGUGUUAUCAGAGAGGAAGGAAGAGUGUUUGUGUACAUCAACUCUGGCUCGGGAGCAGUAAUGAAUGAAAUGGAAGUAGUACUUGUUGGAAGUGACAAAUAUGCUGCAAGAUUUGGGGAAUCUAUAGCUAAUCUUGGUGACAUUGAUAAUGAUGGCUUUGAAGAUGUUGCUAUUGGAGCUCCACAAGAAGAUGAUUUGCGAGGUGCUAUUUACAUUUACAAUGGCCGAGAGGAUGGGAUUGCAUCAACCUUCUCACAGAGAAUUGAAGGAAUUCAGAUCAGGGAGUCUCUAAGUAUGUUUGGACAGUCAAUAUCUGGACAAAUUGAUGCAGAUCACAAUGGAUAUGUAGAUAUAGCAGUUGGUGCUUUUCGAUCUAAUUCUGCUGUUAUACUAAGGACAAGACCUGUUGUGAUUGUUGAAGCUUCUUUGAACCAUCCUGAGUCAGUAAACAGAACAAAGUUUGACUGUGUUGAAAAUGGAUUACCAUCUGUGUGCAUGGAUCUAAAGCUCUGUUUCUCAUACAAGGGCAAAGACGUUCCAGAUUAUAUAGUGUUACUCUAUAACAUGAGUCUGGAUGUGAACCGAAAGGCAGAGACUCCAUCCAGGUUCUACUUUUCUUCUAACGGAAGUUCUGAUGUGAUAACAGGGAGCAUAAAAGUAUCACACAAAAUAGCCAGCUGUCACACCCAUCAAGCAUUUAUGCGGAAAGAUGUGCGGGACAUCCUCACCCCAAUUCAGAUUGAAGCUGCUUACUCCCUUGGGCAUGAGGUCCUCAGCAAACAAGGCAAUGAGGAAUUCCCACCACUACAGCCGAUUCUGCAGCAGAAAAAAGAAAAAGACAAGAUUGAAAAAACAGUACACUUUGCAAGGUUUUGUGCUAAUGAAAAUUGUUCUGCUGAUUUACAAGUUAAUACAAAAAUUGGAUUUUUGAAGCCACAUGAAAAUAAAACCUAUCUUGCUAUUGGAAGUAUGAAGACAUUAAUGUUGAAUGUAUCCUUGUUUAAUGCUGGAGAUGAUGCUUAUGAAACAACUCUCCACAUCCAACUCCCCUCCGGUCUUUACUUCAUUAAGAUUUUGGACCUGGAGGAGAAGCAAAUAAACUGUGAAGUGACAGACAACUCUGGCAUAGUAAAACUUGACUGCACUGUCGGGUAUAUAUAUGUAGAUCAUCUCUCAAGGAUAGAUAUUAGCUUUCUCCUGGAUGCAAGCUCACUCAGCAAAGCAGAGGAAGACCUCAACAUCACUGUGCAUGCUGCCUGUGAAAAUGAAGGGGAUGUGGGCAGUCUCAAGGACAACAGAGCCACGUUAGCAAUACCACUGAAAUAUGAAGUUAUGCUCAGUGUUCACGGGUUUGUAAACCCAACGUCAUUUGUGUAUGGCUCACAGGAAGAAAAUGAGCCUACAACAUGCAUGGAAGAGAAAAUGAAUUUCACUUUCCAUGUCAUUAACACUGGUUCUGGCAUAGCUCCAAAUGUUAGUGUUGAAAUAAUGAUUCCAAAUUCUUUUAUGCCUCAAAACUAUGAGCUGUUCAACAUUUUGGAUGUCCAGAGUACUACUGGAGAAUGCCAUUUUAAGAACUAUGAAAGAAUAUGUGCGUUUGAACAACAAAAAGGAAUGAACAUCCUGAAAGACAUGUACCUCUUCUUUGCAAAGACUGAUAAAAUGCUCUUUUACUGCAUGAAAGUUGAUCCAGAUUGUUUAACUGUCUUAUGCAAUUUUGGGAAAAUGGAAAGUGGAAAAGAAGCCAGUGUUCAUAUUCAGCUGGAAGGCCGGCCAUCCCUCUUACAAAUAGAUGAAAGUUCAGCACUCAAGUUUGAAAUAAGAGCAACGGCUUUCCCAGAGGCAAAUCCAAAAGUUAUUGAAUUGAACAAGGAUGAAAAUGUUGCACUUGUUCUACUGGAAGGACUGCAUCACCAAAAGCCUAAACGCCAUUUUACGAUAACGAUUGUCAUCGGCAGUUUGCUGCUUGGACUUAUUUUACUCUUACUGAUUUCAGGUGCCAUGUGGAAGGUUGGCUUCUUUAAAAGACAGUAUAAAUCUAUCUUACAAGAAGAAAACAGAAGAGACAGUUGGAGUUAUGUGAACAGUAAAAUCAAUGAUGAGGAUGAUGAUCACUGAUAUUUCUUUUAAAUUGAGAGACAAAUGA